UGAUGAUAAAAUGAAAAGCUUAUGCAAUGGUACCGUUUCCUUCUCUCUCCGUCACCGUUUACUCCGCUGUCGUUAAUGGCUUCUCUUCUUCUCUGGGUUUGGGGUGCCGGUCGACUGCCAGAGGAUAUGCCGGGUCGCGAUGUCGUGUCGGCACCUGAGGCCACUGCUGCGGCGGAGCCGACACGUGGAAUCAGCUCAGCUCUCGAGCAGUGAACCGCUGUGAUCUGUAUCCGACGAGCAAUGGCAAGCUCCUCUCUCUCUCUCUCUCUGCUAAUUUACAUAUUGCUGUCAACGGAGUAGCAGUUCCAGUUCUUCGUUUCCGGUCACUGUGUUCCGAUCAGAAGAAGAGAAGCAUAGGAGUUCAUCGACCAAGCAAAUUUCUGUGCAAAUGCGGGGACAGGACGAUGCUGAGUCAACUUUGCUCGGGGAACAUUCUUCGCCGAAACUGGAAAAGUUCCAGAAGGUUUCUAUCAUCCCUCUCGUGUUCCUCAUCUUCUAUGAGGUGUCAGGAGGCCCGUUCGGGGUGGAAGACAGCGUGAAGGCAGCUGGUCCCCUGCUGGCCCUUCUCGGCUUUUUGCUCUUUCCCGUCAUAUGGAGCGUUCCUGAAGCCCUAAUAACAGCUGAGAUGGGAACGAUGUUCCCCGAGAACGGAGGUUACGUGGUCUGGGUCUCCUCGGCUCUGGGCCCAUACUGGGGUUUCCAGCAGGGAUGGAUGAAGUGGCUUAGCGGAGUCAUCGAUAACGCGUUAUAUCCUGUCCUCUUCCUUGACUACGUCAAGUUGGCUAUCCCGGCCUUAGAAGGAGGGCCGCCAAGAAUCAUUGCCAUUCUUGCAAUAACCGUGGCUCUCACUUAUAUGAACUAUCGAGGAUUGACUAUAGUCGGGUGGGUUGCAAUAUUAUUAGGAGUUUUUUCACUUCUCCCCUUUGUGGUCAUGGGGUUCAUCGCGAUCCCUAGGCUGGAACCGUCGAGGUGGGUCCAAGUUGAUCUUGGGAACGUGGACUGGGGAUUGUACCUGAAUACUCUCUUCUGGAAUUUGAAUUACUGGGAUUCUAUCAGCACUCUUGCCGGAGAAGUCGACAAUCCAUGCAGAACCCUUCCCAGAGCAUUAUUUUACGGUGUCAUUUUAGUUGUCCUGAGCUACUUCUUCCCCCUCCUCAUUGGGACCGGAGCACUUCCAGUCAAUCGCGAUGAGUGGUCGGAUGGGUAUUUUUCAAACAUUGCUUCAAUAAUCGGAGGAGUCUGGCUUAGGACUUGGAUCCAGGGAGCUUCUGCUUUAUCGAAUAUGGGAAUGUUUGUAGCCGAGAUGAGCAGCGAUUCUUUUCAGCUUUUAGGAAUGGCCGAGAGGGGCAUGCUCCCUGAGUUCUUUGCUAAGAGGUCCCGCUAUGGGACCCCUCUCACAGGGAUAAUAUUCUCGGCUUCUGGCGUGAUUCUGCUCUCGUGGCUCAGCUUCCAGGAGAUUGUGGCCGCGGAGAACUUCCUCUACUGCUUUGGCAUGAUAAUGGAGUUCGUCGCAUUCGUGAAGCUGCGAGUCAAACAUCCCGAGGCUGCAAGGCCAUAUAAGAUACCCAUAGGCACAGUCGGUUCGAUUCUCAUGUGCAUUCCUCCUACGGUUUUGCUUCUCGUGGUGGUGGCCCUUGCCUCUCACAAGGUGAUGGCCCUCAGUCUCUUAGCUGUGGUGGUUGGUCUGGUUCUAGAACCUUGCCUUCGUUACACUGAGAAGAAGCAUUGGGUUCGAUUUAGCAUCAGUUCGGACCUUCCGGAGUUUUACCCACUUUAUCACCAAUGCAACGAACCCUGAGGCCCACGCCACAUCUUUUGGUAACUCAAGAUCCAUGUAAAUAUCAGCAGAAUGCAAUUCACUUUCUCCUCAUGUACGCAGAUGGUUUCCGAAUACGAACUGCAUAUCGGAGCUCAAAAUCCGGCUUUUCCCGGUAAAGAAUCAUUGAAAUUAGAAGAUGGACAACAUUGAAAUA